AUGCGUUUGAAGAAAUGGUUUCAAUACUUUUCUGAUAAAGAUAAAGCAAGUCUCACAACGGACUUGACAACCGUCAUAUUAUCCCGUAAGCGGAGCAUGUGUAAUGUGUUGGAGUAUGGUGAACACAAGGUGAUAUAUAAAAGGUAUUGGCACAAAGAUUCUUCUUAUUCGCCCAUUAUCCAUCUACCCACGAUUAAUUCCACGAAUGGAUUAGAUAUGCAAGCCUUUAUUUCGCGGCCGGCAUAG